AAAAAAAAGGAGGAAAAGGGUUUAAAAAGGUGUUCUUCUAAAGUUUUUCCUCCUCUUUCUCUUUAUUUUCAUAUUCACAAACAAUGAGUUCACCCAAAAGCAUAUCAUCCCACGUAUCUAUGAGACGAGGACCAACGCUCCGAGGAGGCAGACAUCGAGCUGGUCCCGGAAAAAGUAUCCGUGUACAACCCUCCCCCGACAACAGCCAUAUGGAUGAAGAGGAAAGAAUGGGCCUUACAGCUGAAUCCUCUACAGAGUUUGUAGACGAAAACGAAAAGACACAAUACGAUAUCGAGAGUUUCAAUCCAGAUCACGCCAGUCGAAGGAUCAGUGAAAAACUUGAAACAGAUGAAAAUGGAAAGCCACUUUAUCACCACGGAGAGGAAACGUUUGGUGACAUUUUAACACAUCCUGUUCAAGAGUUACAUGCUCAUCAACAGCGUAAAGAAGAAUUUAAAACAAAGUUUGGUAGCUGGUCUCUGCCAGGAAGAAAUAAAGGAGUCUCCACUUCUGCGCAAGAAGCACCUCAUAAAAACUAUCUGAUUGUUUUACAUUUUCGUCAACUGCGGGGUAACCAAAGUUUCGUUUUAAGUCAUGAUGCAGCCAUCGAAUUUGGGAGAUUGCUUAAUUUCACUCCAAAUGAAAAGCUUCGAUUUAAUGGAGUCCACGAUACCGACGGACUAACUGAAUUCCUUUACAAAAUUAAGCGCGAUUUCUCAAUCAAGAUCCAUCAUAAAUCUGAAUAUUCUCGUGGUAGCAGUACAUUACAAGGAAGCGAACAUAUUGAACCACCUAUCCCACACCACAAUCCGGAACAUCAUACUAUCGAGUUUAAUGACAAUUUAUAUAUAGAGUUUAAGCCUAAGCAUGAUUCACACAUGAUUGAGUUACAAGCCGAGGCAACACGUCGUCCCUUUUUCCGGCAUCCCGAACCUGAUCUCAGUUCGGAUAUUGGAGAAGAAACGGCAGCUAGUUGGCUGGAACUUUUCUAUGAUUUGUUCUUUGUCGCUACUUUGACACAAUUUACUCACAGUCAUCAUAUUGCUGAUUGGGAUUCAUUGGCUCUAUACACUCAAUGGUUUAUCAUAACCUGGUGGGCGUGGUGUGCAAGUUCCUUAUAUACUGCAAGAUUUGAUACGGACGAUGUGGUGCAUCAUAUCUAUAAAUUUAUCGAGAUGUGCGCUUUAAUUGGGAUGGCUGGUUCAUCGGAAUACUUUUUGAAUUCUUCAGGUUAUGUAUAUGGAUAUAUCGCACUUAAAUCAGUUUUAGCCUUCGAAUACUUUGUUGUGUUUAUCGUGGCGAUCUUGGCUAAAUCUAAAUCUCGCAUUGCCUUGGCAUUCUAUAUUGGAGCCAAUUUAUUAUCUGUAGCACUUUGGGCUGCCUCUAUAUCCAUACUUGAAAAAGGCACGCAUCGUAUUCUUUGGUACCUCGGUGUGCUUUGCGAAGUGUUGGUGAAUGUCAUUGUGCGUGGUGAUAAAACUCUUUCUUGGGCUGCUAGUCAUUUAGCAGAGCGUUUAGGUUUGCUUUCAUUGAUUGUUUUAGGCGAGAAUUUAAUGGGUUUGGUCACCUUGGUAUCUACAGCCGGAAACGAGCUAAUUAUUGUUAUACCUAAUUUUAUGGCCGUGUUCUGUAUCUUUGGUUUCUUUUUCAUGUAUUUUGAAGAUUUUAACAAGGAGAUUUUUCUUCACAACAAGUAUCAUCAAGUUUGGGUCUACUUACAUUUCCCACUUCAUUUAUGUCAAGUUGCUUUUGGUAUCUCUUUAAUUGAUAUUCUCAAUAUUUACAAGGCUCAACUCAUCCGCGACCAUAAACUUGCUGAAGACACAACCACUACCGCGCAUGGAGCAUCUUCCGGUGGAAGUACUGAGCACGGUGAAACAUCAUCUAGUGGAAGUACUGAGCACGGUGAAACAUCAUCGAGUGGAAGUACUGAGCACGGUGAAGCAUCAUCGAGUGGAAGUACUGAGCACGGUGCAGCAUCUUCUGAUGGUAGUGCUGAGCACGGUACAGCAACUUCUGAUGGUAGUGCUGAGCACGGUACAGCAACUUCUGCAUCUCACGACACAGCUACCUCUACAGCUCACGGUGAAACAGCAACAGCAGCGCAUGGUGAUCCUGCAGCAGCUACCCCCCAUGGAGAGUCUACCGCUGCUGAAGUUUUGGCAGAAUUACCGGAAACGUCAGCUCAUCAAAACGCAAAAAGAGCUAUUAUGAUGGUGAGUGAUGAAUAUGCUAUACAACAAGAGCAUGAUUAUAACCCAAUGGAGAUGGCCCAACUCAUGCAAGAGAAAAACACGAGUCAGCAAGAAAAAGCAGAUCCACCCGUCCAUUGGACGGUAUGGUGCAAGUAUUUGGCCAUGGGCGUGAUUUCUACAACCAUGCAAGCUAUUUCGUCGAACGGAGAAGAUACCCAUCACUUGAUGCGUCGUUCUGAGCCAGAAGCUGCAGGAGGGGAAUUUUCAGAAAUAUUAACAUUGUCUCAAAAUGUAUUUGUGUACAAGAUUUUCCUUAUCUUUGCUGGGCUGAUUCUUAUUAUCAAUUCCAUGAUCAAGGCCUUGAAUACAAAGAUAGCCGACACUUAUGGAAAGAUUAUUAUUUGCUCAAGAUUACUAAAUGCCAUUAUUCUGUGGUGUAUGUGUGCACUUCCAUUUGCAAAGUUAGAUGCAAUCGUACUCUUAUCCACGAUGGUCGCAUCAUUACUUUUCCAAGCGUUGGUGGAUUUAUUGGAUUAAUCAUGUAUUCAUAAGGGAACAUGGGAGGAGGCGUUGCUAUUUAAUUCUGUAAUAUAGUUGAUUUAUAUCCAUUACCCCUUCUAUUAAUAAACUAAUAUCUAUUCCUACAAUAAAAAAAUAAAAAAAAAGUCUCAGCUGGAUUUUGUUAAUAU